AUGCGCACUUUAAACAGUAUUUUAUUUCUUGUAGCUUUUCAACAAAUUUUUGCUCUACCCACAACUCUAAUCCCAGAAACAGAUGCCCCUCCAGAUUCCAGAAUUUCAGCAGCUUCCACAUACGAUUACAUAGAAAAUCGCAUAAUUAUAUUUGGAGGAUCAACCGAUAAAAGAUUAUACAAAAAUGAUCUUUGAAGCUUCAAUUUGUCGUCUCAUAUAUGAAGACAACUUAAUCCUGUAUCAUCAAUUUUACCUGAUCCAAGGGUUGGGUCUAUACUACUUUUUAACAAACAAAGAAAUAGCCUUAUUUUAAUUGCAGGAAAAACCACAGGCGGAUCUAUUGCUGAUGUUUGAAGCUUUAAUUUAGAGUAUUUUGAAUGAGAAAAAAUAAGUUUGAAUGGAACUAAAUUAAAUCCUUUAUUUGAUGCAGCUUCAGAUAUUUUUGAAUGAAAUGGUAAUAUUUAUUAUGGGAUUUUUGGAGGUGUUUCUGAAAAAAAUUCCCAAAAUUCAUUAUAUUUGUAAAUUUUAUAUCAGAAUUGAUGCAAAUUCUCUGAAUUGCACUAUUAUGCCAAAUAAUGGAGAUAUUCCUGUGUCAACAGCAGGCUCAAGAAUGUCAUUUUAUGAUAAUUCUUUGUAUGUUUGAGGAGGAUAUGCUUUUGGGGUUGGAUAUGAUCCUAACUUAUACCGAUAUAAUUUAGAUUCGCAAAAAUGAAUUAAAUAUAAUUUUUCCUCUUCCCCGACUGGAAGAUCAUGGCAUCAUACAGCUGUGAUUUCUGGCUAUUUUUAUAUAACCCCAGGAUUUAAUUACAUAAAAGCUGCAAACCUUCAAGAUAUUUGGAAAAUAAAUCUAUCAACAUUGUCUGAAUGACAGCAAGUUGAGUUUUCUAACUAAUCCUUUUAAAUUUGAACAAAAAUGGCUCUUAGAUUUUAAAAGGAAAUCAAUUAUUUUUGGAAAAUAUUAUAUGCAAAAUUGAUUAAAAAUGCUAACUCUGUUUAUAUAGCAUUCGUUUUAAUUGCAAACUUUAAAAUACAAAAGCUAAAGGUAAAUCUUCGAUUUUGGCGCAUUAAAUUAGGCAUCAAAGAUAUGUGUUUAAAUUAUUAUUUUAUUUAUAAAACUAAAAAAAGAUUAUUAAUCUACAAAUUGAAACAUGGGAAAUAAAGGCACAAAAAAAGAAAUUUCAUGUGAAUCUGCAAAUAUUUUGAUUAAUUCAACCAUCUACCAAUUCAGCGGCUCAUCAUUUCAGAACGACCUCCUUUACAUCGAUUUAUCUGUAAACCAUCCAAAAUAUAAAACGCUUUCUCCUAUUUGAAAUUCUCCAGCAGCAAGAAUAAGGUUUUCUAUGCAUGUAGUAAACAAUUAUUUAGCUGUAUGAGGCGGAAUAGGCGUAAACGACGAAUUGUAAAUUAUAUAUAGAUAUAAUGACUUAUGACUAUUUGAUAUAGAAAAUGAGAAGUGGGAACUGCAGAGAAUUGAUAAUUCACCAUCUGCAAGAUCCGGGCAUGCAAGUGUUGGGAUCGGAUAUGGAAUGAUAAUUUUUGGCGGCGAAAGCAUCACUGGACUGCUUAACGAUUUUUAUAUCUAUUCUAUAGCUUCAGGGACAUGAGAAGAAGCAGUUAAAAAUUCUGACACAGUCCCCUCACCCACAAAAGGUGCCUGCAUGGCUUUUACACCUCCUUAUAUCUUCUUAUUCGGAGGUUUAACUGAUUCAGGGAUAACCAAUGAUUUUUGAAUAUAGUUUAUAGGAUGAUUGGAGCAGGGCUUUUUUGGCUUGCCGGCAAGCCAAAAAAGCCCCACUCCAGUCAUCCUAUCUAACUAUAUACGAUACAACAGUUUUAUUAUGAACAUCAAUAUCAUCAACAGGAAUCGAAGUUCCUCCAUUAGUUUGACAUAAGUGCUAUACAAUGGUAAAAAAUAACGAUAUCGAAUUUUAUGCAAUUAUGGGAGAAACUGAUGAAUAUCAGCUCAAUCAAAAUGCUUAUAAAUACAGCUUAAGGACUAAUCAAUGAGAAUUAGUAAAAAAUUUGAAUUUUAUUUCAGGGUCAGUAAGUGAGUCUUCAAUCGUGCUAUUUUCUAAGCAUUUGAUAAUUUUAGGAGGAGAGCUUCAAGGGACCUAUUCAACUGGAUCUGUGAUUUUUUUGAAUUUGGAAACUUACACAAUUGAUAGUUAUUAUAUAUUAGACUUCAAUAUUUUUGGACACCAAACUGUAUAUGUUAAAAAUGAUUUAUAUAUAUUUGGAGGAGGCGUUUCUAAGACAAAUAUUAUCAAUUUGCUACCUUCUGCGUCUUUGUAUAAAGUUGGAAUUAACAGCACUAUAGAUAGUCCUUGCAGCAAAGGAACAUAUUUUUUUGAAUCUGAAUGUAUAUGAUGUUCACCAGGUACAUAUAAUGAAAAUAUAAAUUCAACUGAAUGUUUAGAGUGCCCAUUUGGGACUCAAAAUUCUUAUACUGGAUCUGCUUCAAGCAUUUUUUGCCUUCCUUGCCCUUAUGGAACAUACUCAAACACAAAUGGAACUGGGAUGUGCAAAAAAUGCCCUGGGGAUAAAACAUGCAAUGUAGGCAGCACAGAGCCGACUGAUGCAGUUUUUUAUUCUUCAAAAUCAUCAAGCCAGCCUGAUGAUUUUGACCCGAAAUAUGAUUUAAUUCAAGAGUACACAACCUAUAGUGGCAUUUUUUUUGCAAUCAUAUUGAGUACUUUCCUUUUAGCAAUAGCCCUAAAAAAACAAUUCAGACAAUCAAUUAUCCGAUGAGAUUUAUACGACGACAAGCACAAUGAAGACGAUCAGCCUAUGUGAUCAAGAAAAACAAGUAUUGGAGGAGUUUUUUCCAUAAUUUCCCUUAUAAUUGCUGCUUAUCUCGUUUCCAUCUCCUUUGUGCAGUAUCGUUGGAACAACAUCGCAGAAUCAAAAUCCUUAAUUCCAAUUGAAAAUUUAAUAAAACAAGCUGGAAGAAUUAAAGGUGAUUUGUUUAUUGUAAUUGGGAUUUAUAAUUACGGAGGAACAUGCGUUGAAAAUGAUUCUUGCAAUGAAAACAUAAUUUUAAGCUUUGAAAAUAUUCAAGGGGAUUUUAGCAAAAUUAAUUGUAUUAAGCAGAACAAAAACUGCUUUGUGGAGAUUACUUGCAAAUCAUGCUCACUUGAUACAGGAGCUUACCUUUAUUUAUUGCUGUCAGAAACAACUAGUUACUGCAGCUAUUUUUCUGCAAACGUUUCGGCUGAUUCUUCUAUACCCGGAGAAAAAAGUUCUCUAAAUCUUUAUGUAUCUCCUCCAAAAGAUGAAGUUUUCAUAGGAAAUAAUCCGUCAUAUGUUCAUUUUGAUAUGACGCCAUCUGUAAUUGAUAUUUAGCUUUUUAUUUCUCAAUCAAGCUCUUGGCCGACAAACCAGACAGGAUUUAUGGUUUCAGUUAGCGAAAAUUAUACGCCAGGAGAUAGCUCGACAGUUUAUAAAAUGAUAUUGACAAGGUCAUUAAAAAUUGUUAUUAAUUUAGAUGUCAAUACAAUUGGCUUCCUAACUGUGAGAAGCAUAAACACUACGUUUCUGCUGUUUAUAAGUGCUUUAAUAGGCUCUGUUAGCGGAAUAAUUGAUAUGGGAGGGUUUUUCAUGCAAAAAAUAGAAAAAGGUACUAAAGCAGCUGUAGAGAGGUCGAAAAAUCAACAGAAAACAAAAAAACUCAUUGACGCUGUUAAAAAAAUGGAACUUAAUUUUAAAACAAAUUACACCUUGAGUGACAGUGAAAUAUCGAGCCAAGCUUAUAGUAAGGAUGGGAAAACGAUUAUACCUUAUGAGUUACAAUACUUAAACGUAAAUAAAUUGCCGGCUGCCUCGCCAACAAAUAAUUCAAAUCAAAAUAGAUGAUCAAUGUCGAGCAUAAGUGACCGUAGCAAAAUUUAG